CUUCGCAGAGCCUUCUGGGAGCUGUAGUUUUCCACCUUCAGACCUCGACACGCAAUUCCGUUGCGUCCCUAACCGCCGCCAUUGUUCCGCGCCUUGGGACUGUGAGUUGUUUUGCCGGGGGCUUUUGUUACUUUUCGCGAUCAUCGGGUCACCCAAGUCUGCAGGGGCCGAACUGGUCUGGUCCGAGGGCCGUCGCUAGAGACCUGGACCGGGUGCCGCUGGGUCACGAGCGGGGACGGAGCUGAUGUGGCGCUAACCUUUCUGGUUGCGGAUCGUGAGGUGGAGGCAGGAAGUCUCCCCUGCUGCCCAUUCAGUGGUUGGAAGUGCCAGAGACACAGUUCCUCCAGUUUGAAGGUUACAGGACAAUACCGAACUAAUCUGGUUUCACUCUUUCCUGCUCCGGCGCGGUUGCCUAACCAGAUCCCGUGUGUUGGUGGUGGGUGGAGAUGAAGAACUCUACGUCUGUUAGCAGGGAAGGAGUCAGCUCUGGGAAGCGCAGGCCUCCCUGUUGCCUCGCCCCUCCCUCUGUGGGGGGUAGGAACUGCGGGGAGACCGCUUCCUUCACCCGGCUCUCACUUAUAGCAUCCCUAGCGUCCUGCCACCUCCUGCUCGCUUCACAAAACUGACCGUGAGGAUGGCCACCAGGGUCCGCACAGCUUCCAUUUGGAGUCUCACUUUAUUGCCCUUGGUAAAGUGUGGUGGCAUCACAGCUCACAGCAACCUCCAACUCCUGGGCUUAGUUUGGCCAGAGAUGGGUUCGAACCUGCCACUCUCAGAACAUGGAUCCGGCGCCCUACCCACUGAGCCACAGGCACCACUCGAUUAAGAGAUUGUUAAACUUAUGUUUGAAAGAUGAGUGAUGUGAAUAAGGGCUUGAAAUCCAACUUAGGAAACGAAGGCAACAUGCACAUUUGAAAGGCUUGAACUGACCUAGUAUGGUGAUCUUUGAGUGUUAAUAGGGUUGCUAGAAUGUAGACUUUUGGUGUUUAAUGAUGAUGGUGGAUGUAUAUACUAAGAAAUGAGGCCAGAGCCAGAGGCAGAAGAUCAUAGAAGGCUUUGAGAUUCUCAUUAAAAAUCUUUGAGAUAGUACUUGUUAGGUCACUUAGUGACUUUAGGAAUUUGUUUUUACAGUCAUCUGCAGCUCUGAACCUGAGAGGAAUUUAGCGUGUUGCUUGUAAGACUUGCUCACUCAGAUUCCACCAUGAGAGGAUGCUCUUCUGUUUGAGAUAUACAUUUAUCAUGGCUUUGGAGAUGCUGCUACAAGAUGGCCCAUCAGAAUCUACCCUCAUUUCCUACCACUUCUCUGUUGUCACUGUCAUUUGCUACACUUGCUGCUCUUGUACUUGGGUCACAUCUGCCCUUAUGCUGUGACCCUAUCACUUUGUUUUUGUUUUAUAGAUGUCAUUAUUUUUCUAUUCUGGUAGGUCUCUUUUGUUUUCAUUGGGUGUUUCAGGAAGACAAACACUACUACAACCCUGAUCUAACCCUACUCUUAGUGUUUUAACAACAAAAAGCGAGACUCAAUGAGAGAGUGAAUUGUUCAUAGAUACCUAGAUAGCAAGAAGAGGAAAAUGUUUCAUUCAAAAUCUCAUACUGAAGUACCCCCAAAAUUUCAUACUGAACUAAAACCAAGAAUUGUUUGCUCCUGAGCAUUUGGCAUUGUGUUCUCAUUUAAAUAGCUACCCAUGUGUGGUCAUUGCACUUUCAGGGAUCCUGGGGGCCUGUGUGCAGAAUCUGUGGGUGGAACUGUCAUCACUGUGCUGGGUUCCUCAUGUGCAUUUCUUCUUGCUGUUCUGAGGCAGCAGCCCUGAGCCCAGUUUACAGAAUAUCCAGUUCAGCCUCCAUUUAAGUGGGUUUCACCAGCCUAGGAGAUCAAGGUUGAGGCCCAGAGGCAAUAUGCUUGCUAAAGUGAGUUUGCUCUUGAGUCUAUAGGUUCCACCUCUCCAGGAAGGAGAGCGUUCUUGUGAUAGGAUCAGAAAGUUCCAAGUUCAGGAAUCCAUCCUUGGCCAAAGGACCCCUGACCAUAGACCUCUGCCUGGAUCACCCUGGCAGAGGCAGAAGAGUCAUAGGACAGAGCAAGUGCUAGAGUGGCUGUUUAUUUCCCAAGAGAAGUUGAAAAUCACCAAGUCCUGGGAACCAUUGUCCUUCAUGGACGUGUUUGUGGAUUUUACCUGGGAGGAGUGGCAGCUGCUGGACCCAGCUCAGAAGCACCUUUACAGGAGUGUGAUGUUGGAGAACUACAGCAACCUGGUGUCCCUGGGUUAUCAGUGCUCCAAACCCGAUAUUAUCUUCAAGUUGGAACAAGGAGAAGAGCUGUGGAUGGUACAUGCCCAAAUCCCAAGUCAGGGCCAUCCAGAUAAUGUCUGGGAAAUUGAUGAACAUAUCAAAUGGCAUCAGGAAAACCAAGGCAAUCUGGGAAGUAUGGCAAAAAGCUACGAAUAUACUACAUUUGGAAAACUAUGUUUUCUUAGUCUAAAUUAUGUUUCUUCACAACAAAAACCUCAUAAAUGCAGCAUACAUGGAAAGAGUUUGAAAUAUAAUAUAGGUUUCUCUGAUUAUGCCAGAAAGAAUCCUAAUGUAUUUUGUGUACAUCAGGAAUCAUUCCUCCAUUUGAAACAUGAGCAAAAUGUGACUGGAAUAAAAUACUGUGAAAGUAAUGAAUCUGGAAAAGCUGUCAAUGAGAGGUCACAACUUAUGUGCCAAAAAGCCUAUGUGGGAGGAAUGCCCUUUGGAUGCAAUUACUGUGAGAAAGCCUUUAGCAGCAAGUCAUAUCUUAUGGUGCAUCAGCGAACUCAUGCAGAAAAGCAGCUUUAUGAAUGCAAUGAAUGUGGGAAAGACUUCAGCAGUAAAUCAUACCUCAUUGUACAUCAGAGAAUUCAUUCAGGAGAGAAACCUCAUGAGUGCAGUGAAUGUGGGAAAACAUUUGGUCUCAAUUCACAACUUGCUAUACAUCAGAGAAUCCACACAGGUAAAAAUUCCUAUGAAUGCUGUGAAUGUGGGAAAUUCUUCAGUAGGAAAGAUCAGCUUGUUUCACAUCAGAGAACUCAUUCAGUACAUAAGCCCUAUGGUUGUAAUGAAUGUGGCAAAUCAUUUGGUUUAAAAUCGCAGCUCAUUAUACAUGAAAGAGUCCAUACAGGAAGGAAACCAUAUGAAUGCAGCGAAUGUCAUAAAGCCCUUAAUACAAAGUCAAACCUUAUGGUACAUCAGAGAACCCACAUAGGGGAAAAACCCUAUGGUUGCAGUGAAUGUGGAAUAGCCUUUAUGUUCAAAUCACAGCUCAUUGUACAUCAGGGCACUCACACAAGAGUAAAGCCCUAUGGGUGCAUUCAGUGUGGGAAAGCAUUCAGUUUGAAGUCACAGCUCAUUGUACAUCAGGGAAGUCAUACAGGAAAGAAACCUUACGUAUGCAAUGAAUGUGACAAAGCUUUCCAGAGCAAGUCAUAUCUUAUUAUACAUAUGAGGACUCACACUGGAGAGAAACUCCAUGAAUGCAAUGAUUGUGGGAAAGCCUUCAGUUUUAAUUCACAACUCAUUAUACAUCAGAGGAUUCACACAGGAGAGAGUUCAUAUAAAUGCUACAACUGUGAGAAAACAUUUAGUCGGAAAUAUCAGCUCAUUUCACACCAGAGAACUCAUGAAAGGGAGAAGCCCUAUGAAUGCAAUGAUUGUGGGAAAGCCUUUGGUUUAAAGUCUCAGCUUAUUAUACACCAGAGAACUCAUACAGGAGAGAAACCUUUUGAAUGUAGUGACUGUCAGAAAGCCUUUAAUACAAAGUCAAACCUUGUUGUACAUCAGAGAACUCAUACAGGAGAGAAACCCUAUGGUUGUAGUGAAUGUGGAAAAUCCUUUACAUUUAAGUCACAGCUUAUUGUACAUCAGGGAAUUCACACUGGAAUAAAACCUUAUGGAUGUAAUCAGUGUGAAAAAGCCUUUAGUUUGAAGUCACAGCUCAUUGUACAUCAAAGAACUCAUACAGGAGUUAAACCACAUGGAUGCAGUGAGUGUGGGAAAGCCUUCAGGAGCAAAUCAUACCUUAUUAUACAUAUGAGAACUCACACAGGAGAGAAGCCACAUGAAUGCAAUGAAUGUGGGAAAUCCUUUAGUUUCAACUCACAACUCAUUGUACACCAGAGAAUUCACACAGGUGAAAAUCCCUAUGAGUGCUGUGAAUGUGGGAAAGCUUUUAAUAGGAAAGAAUUGCUUACUUCACAUCAGCGAACUCAUGCUGGAGAAAAACCUUAUGGGUGCAGUGAAUGUGGGAAAGCCUUCAGCAGCAAGUCAUACCUCAUUAUACACAUGAGAACUCAUUCAGGAGAGAAACCAUAUGAAUGUAAUGAAUGUGGGAAAGCAUUCAUUUGGAAAUCACUACUCAUUGUACAUGAGCUAACUCAUGCAGAGGAAAACCUUUAUAAAUGCUGUCAGUGUGACAGAUCCUUCCGUGGGAAAUUACAGCUCUCUGUCCACCAGAGAAUGCACACAAGAGACAAACCCUAUGAAUGCAGUGAAUGUGGAAAAGCCUUUGCUAGGAAAUCUCAGCUCAUUGUACACCAGAGAACUCAUUCAGGAGAGAAACCUUAUGGAUGCAAUGAAUGUGGAAAAACCUUCUCUCAGAAAUCAAUUCUCAGUGCACACCAGAGAACACAUACAGGAGAGAAACCUUGUAAAUGCCCUGAAUGUGGAAAAGCCUUUCGUUGGAAGUCACAGCUCAUUAUGCAUCAGAGAACUCAUGUGCAUGUUGAUGAGUUCAGUGUGCGAAAUGUUCUAUCAGAAGUCAGUCCCCAGAAGUUACCAACAAAAUUACAUGGAACAGAAACUAUAUAAAUGGAAAUGUCUUUUUCUCCAGAAAACUCACACCAAACAGAAACUUUAUGAAUACACAGCAUAUGCAAAGGCAUCCACAGAGAGCUGUUCUUUACAUGCAAAACGAUAUUAGAAAAUGUAUAUAGGAAUCCUGUGAAUUUAGUAAACUCUUUGAAAUUUUUCAGUAGCAAGUCAUACCCCUUUAAUCAGUUUGUACAGGUGAAGAACCAUAUGAAUGAAAUGGAUAUUGGAAAGUUGUUAAUAUAUGGUGACAUUCACAAGAGAAAACUUUAUGAAGCAAAUGAAAAUAGAUGUCUUUAAAAUGCAUAGUUUAUUAAACAAUAUUUUAAUGAGAGAAAUUAUAGAACCAGCAGGUGGCAGAAUUAGCAAAACUAUAAACAUUUUAGGUGUCAUUAGCUCACUUCUCAUGAACCAUGCUCUAAGGGAGGUUUUUCAUCUAAAAAUGACAAACUCCUGGCAAAAAAUAAUGUAGGAAUUAAGAUCUAUUUGUGUAUCAAAUAAGGUUAAGCCUCAGCAGGAAUUUUUAUCUCCUUGUAUAUCAGAGGAUUCACUUUUAAAAUGCCUAUUGUUGCCAGGUGUGGUGGCUCAUGCCUGUAAUCCCAGCACUGUGGGAGGCUGAGGAGGGAGAAUUGCUUGAGCUUAGGAAUUCGAGACUUGCCUAUGUGACAGUAAGACCCUGACUCCUAAAAAAAAAAGGGAAAACCCAGCUGGGUGCCACAGCGAGCAUGUGUAAUCCCAGCAGCUUCCAGAGGCUGAGACAGCAGAAUGCCCAUAGCUUGAGUCUGAGGUUGCUGUGAGCUAUGACACCAUUGCGCUCUGCUCAGGGCAAAGGGUGGGACUCUGUCUCAACAACAACAACAACAACAACAAAGGCAAAGAAAUAAAAAUUAAAAAUAAACAAGGAAAUAAAAAAAGCCUAUUGUUUUAAUUUGGAGCAAUUUUGUAUAGAAAUUAUUUUAAGGGAAGUUAUAUUCCAUGUUUUCCAAAAUUUAAGGAAAGUAUUGGAGAAAAUGGACAACUAUAAAUGUUUAUAAGAAGGUAAAGAUUUUAGAAUAUAAAUUUAAUAAUUCAAUUAAUAAUAAGGAAUUCAUCCAAAAACAUCAUAGGCAUUUAGACAUACAUACUCCAUGGUAUGUAUUUUGUGUAUUUUGGCAUUUUACUUGUGAAUGCCACAUGUGAAAAAAAUUAGUAGGUACAAUAUCAGACAUUUCUGCUAUGUAUGCCAAUGUUGUUUCUUUUGUUCUAAUCAAAUGCAACUUGUUACUAGAAUAAUAUGGCUUAUUAAAAAUUCAUCUGUACAUUACAAACAUUUUCUCUUAUUUUCCACCCUGUGUAAACAGUCCUUGCAGCUACCUUUU